CGCUGGGCCUCGGGCCAUGGCUUCGGAGCCGGCGGUGCGCGCGCGGCUGCGGCUCGCGGGCCAGGAGCACCUCCUGCGCUUCUGGGCCGAGCUGGCGCCGGGGGCCCGCGCGGCGCUGCUGGCCGAGCUGGCGCCGUGGGAGCCGGACGCGCUGCGCCUGCACUGCCGGCGAGCCGCCGCGGCCUGCGCGCGCCCCUCGGGCCCGCCGCCGGGCCUGGCCUCGCGCCUCGGGCCGCUGCCCCCGGAGCGCCUGGGCCGCGCGAGCCGCAGCGACCCCGAGACGCGGCGGCGCUGGGAGGAGGAAGGUCUCCGGCAGAUCGCCUCGAACAAGGUGGCCGUGCUGCUCUUGGCCGGUGGGCAGGGCACUCGUCUGGGCGUCACCUACCCCAAGGGCAUGUACCAAGUGGGGCUGCCCAGCCAGAAGACCCUGUACCAGCUGCAGGCCGAGCGGAUCCGUCGCGUGGAGCAGUUGGCUGGGGAGCGCCAUGGGACCCGCUGCACCGUGCCCUGGUACAUCAUGACCAGUGAGUUCACGCUGGGGCCCACGGCCAAGUUCUUCAGGGACCACGACUUCUUCCACCUGGAUCCUGACAACGUGGUUCUCUUUGAGCAGCGCAUGCUGCCCGCAGUGACCUUCGAUGGCAGGGCCAUCCUGGAGCGCAAAGACAAAGUCGCCAUGGCCCCAGACGGCAAUGGGGGUCUCUACUGCGCCCUGGCAGACCACCAGAUUCUAGAGGACAUGGCGCGCCGGGGAGUGGAGUUUGUUCACGUGUACUGUGUCGACAAUAUCCUGGUGCGCCUGGCAGACCCGGCCUUCGUCGGCUUUUGUGUGCUGCAGGGUGCAGACUGUGGUGCCAAGGUGGUGGAAAAGGCGUACCCCGAGGAGCCCGUGGGCGUGGUGUGCCAGGUGGACGGGGUCCCCCAGGUGGUGGAGUACAGCGAGAUCAGCCCCGAGACCGCCAGGCUGCGCAGGCCCGAGGGCGGCCUGCUCUACGGCACUGGCAACAUCUGCAACCACUUCUUCACCACGGCCUUCCUCCAGACGGUGGUCAGGGAGUUUGAGCCUGCGUUGAAACCUCACGUGGCGGUGAAGAAGGUCCCCUACGUGGAUGAGGAGGGGAAUCUGGUAAAGCCGCUAAAACCGAAUGGGAUAAAGAUGGAGAAGUUUGUGUUUGAUGUGUUCCAGUUUGCUAAGAACUUCGUUGCCUUUGAGGUGCUUCGAGAGGAGGAGUUCUCUCCCCUAAAGAAUGACCACACUGCUGCCAGAGACAACCCCUCCACCGCCAGGCGGGCUCUGCUGACCCAGCACUACCGCUGGGCCCUGCGGGCGGGGGCCACCUUCCUGGACGCCCAGGGGCGCCGGCUUCCGGAGCUGCUCAACUUGCCACCGGGUGAGGACCCGCCAGCUGUCUGUGAGAUCUCGCCCUUGGUGUCUUACUGCGGAGAGGGGUUGGAAGCACUGCUGCGGGGCCAGCAGCUCCAGUCUCCAUUCAUCCUGGAUGAGGCCCAGGCCACAGUGCUGCGUCCGCACGACGCCUGACGGGCUCCCAGCACCCAGGGGUGCCUGGCCAGGAGUGCGGUGGAUUUAUGUCUCCAGCUGUGGGACGGGGCGGGUGUGCUGGGGUACGGGGGGGGGGGCGGGGGGGGCGGCUUUUCCGUCACCCGUCGCCUAUGCACACAAGUGACUGCUGGCCUUCUACUAGCUCUUUGGUUUUAUUUCUGGCUGUGGGGUUCACUUUGCAGAACAGGACUGAGAGGAGGCUUCAUCUGGGGGCCAGGGCAGAGGUGUCCUCCAGACAGGCCUGCUCUGUCC